AUGGAGUCCUCGAUCAGAGAUUUCAGCUUAUCACCCGCACCUGCCAACUAUCCUCCUCGUGUUUCUCCGCUCAAAAAUCUCAAUGCAGGAGGUGUCGUUACCGGAAACCUACAAUGGGUAAGGUUCGUUAACAAUCAUUCGAGUUUGGGGAGACGGAGUGAUGGUUAUUAUCCUGAAAUUGCCAUUUAUGGGACCGAUUAUAUCUUCAAGGAAGCAUAUGGGAAUAACUUCAAUGGCGACACUGGGAUAUCUUGUGAUCUUGGCUUUACUUUGCACAAGACUCGUAAUCUAAGCCACGGCGUCAUCCACAGUUUGCCACAUUCCCCUUUCCUCGGAUACCAUACUGGGUACGACACCAUUGAUAACGCCAACUUCGACCUCAAGCAGAGGGGCCUCAAAUAUCCCCACUAUAGUGACCACAUCACCACCCACAACCGACACCUUCGGUCUAUAAUACAAAAAUGCGACUUCAUCUAUCGAAACGUACAUAGGUGGAGGGUCUGUUUGGCAUACUGUUUCUAUAAUACGUGGGAUUGUUGCAUUUGUUCCGUUGCAACUAGGACAUACGCAUUUUACAACCAUUUAGUUCCGGAAUGUCCAGCACUUUUUAGGAAACGAAGACUUGACCAAAUUCUUCUCAAAUUAUGUAACCUCUAUUUCGAUUCAUAUUACGAGAAGGUCCUUGCCAUGUUUUGGCUGCGCAAGAACUUCGAUUUCUUGUCUUAG